AUGGGUGGCGGAACUUCCCUAUGGGCCUCACCUGAAUGGAAGAAGGACCCCAAGUCCAUCUACAAUGGACGCCUGGCCUAUCUGGCCGUUACUAUCGCAUUUGCGGGUUGCGCGUAUGGAUUCGAUCAAGGAAACAUCGGAGGCACCCUUGUCCUUCCAACAUUCAAACAUGCCUUUGGGCUAGAUAAGCUGAGCGAAGACGCUGCUGAUGAGCGAGCUGGUAACAUUGCUGCGUUGAUGGCUGCUGGCGGGUCUGCAGGUGCCCUUAUCUCUGCUCCAUUCGCCGAUUUCUUGGGCCGCAAAUAUUCCAUGAUAGUCUACGGCUGCAUCUACCUCCUGGGGUGCGCGUUCCAGGAAGUCCCAAACCUGCCGCUCUUCUACGCAGGUCGCUUCCUUGCUGGUGUCGCUAUCGGCUCAAUGUCCGCCGGUGCGCCUCAGUUCCUAGCUGAAAACUCGCCAAAGGCGAUCCGUGGCUCCAUGACUUGCUUGUACAAUCUCAUGAUAAUCACUGCGUUAUCGCUAGCUUUCUGGAUUAACUAUGGCGUCUCGAAGUGGAAGAAUGUCAAAGUCACGGACUACACGCAGUGGCAGCUGUCGCUCGGCAUACAGCUUAUACCGGGGUUCUUCAUGGUCUGCAUGCUCUGGUGGGUGCUGGAAACGCCACGUGCACUCAUUGCAAGGGGCAAAAGAGACGACGGACUCAAGAACCUCAUGAGACUGCGCAAGCUGCCUGAGGACCACCCAUAUCUUCAGCAGGAGUACAUGGAAGUGUGUGCACAAGUCGAUCAAGAGCAAGAGGUGGCCGCUGGCCGCAACUACAUGCUGGUCAUCAAGGACAUCGCUUUCGUCCCGUCCAAUCGUCGUCGCUUCUUCUUGGCCGUCAUGCUCUUCUUGUUUCACAAAUUCACCGGAACCGACAGUCUCAACUACUUCGCGCCCGAAAUAUUCACCAUGAUCGGUGUGAAAGGUGGUUCUCAGGCUCUUCUCACAACCGGCGUCUAUGGUCUCGUCAAGCUUGCCACGACAGUGGUCUAUGUUGCUUUCAUCGUUGAUCGUGUUGGACGUCGCCUUCCGCUGAUGAUCGGAGCGUCUAUGCAGGCUACCGCUAUGCUCUAUAUCGCACUCUACGUCCGCUUUGCCAAUCCUGUUCAAGGAGGUGGCACUGAGGCAGGCGGCAUCAUCGGCAUCGUUUUUAUCUACGUUUAUGCGUUCGGGUGGUCUUUUGGCCACAGUGUAGCUUGCUAUGUCGUCGCCGCUGAGAUUUUCCCUUCGCGUAUUCGCUCGGUUUGUAUGGGAUUUUGCUUCUUUGUCAACUGGAUAGUUGACUUCGGAAUUACCAAAGCGACGCCGUCGAUGAUGACGCACCUCGGCUGGGGCACAUUUCUAUUAUAUGCAGUUUUGACGUACAUCGGCGUAGUCUUCAUCUUCUUCUGCAUGCCGGAGAUGAAAGGCAGGUCCAUUGAGUCCAUGGACGACUUGUUCUCGCACUCAAUUUGGACAAUGUAUAAACGCGCGUAUCCGAAAGAGGAAGAUAAAGUUCGCCAUGAUGUUGGCGAGAUUCUGCAGGAUAGCAAGGGCUUUGGUACCUGGCAAGCAGCCCCAGGCGACGCUGGUCGCGCCGUCCAAACUGCCAUCAAGGCAGGCUAUCGCCAUCUUGAUUGUGCCCCUUUAUACUGGAACGAGCCUGAAAUUGGGGAGGCCCUAACUUCCGUACUCAAAUCCACUCAAACCCCACGCUCCGACAUAUUCAUCACUACAAAGCUCUGGUCCUCCUCACACCAUGAUCCCGAAGCCGCUCUCCGCAAAUCGCUGAAAGACCUCCAACUUGAUUAUGUAGACCUAUAUCUCAUGCACUGGCCCGUUUCGCUCCCCUCCAACGCCCUUGAUGCGCCCAACUUCGGAAAGGAAGACCGCAAAGCGCACGCACAGGAUUGGGAUUUCUCCAAAACCUGGGCUCUGAUGGAGAAGCUGCUCAGUACGGGUCUGGUGAAGGCGAUUGGCGUAGCGAACUUCUCAACAGUGAAUCUGGAGAAGUUGUUGACGAAGGCGAAGGUUGUGCCUGCAGUGAAUCAGACGGAAUUACAUCCGUUACUUCCGCAGGAUAAGCUCAACAUAUUCUGUAAGAAGCAUGGCAUUCAUCAGACCGCGUUUGGGCCGCUCGGGGGCAAGGGGUCGACACUGCAUUCGCAUCCUGCGGUAGUUGCGAUUGCCGAGGCAAAAGGGGUCACGACGGGACAAGUUCUGCUCUCGUGGGGAGUUACGAGAGGUUGGAGUGUCAUUCCAAAGAGCGUCACGGAAGAGCGGAUUAGGAAGAAUUUGGAGAUUUUCGAGCUGGGUGGAGAGGAAGUAGGGAUUUUAAAUGCACUGGCGAUGAAGGAGGGGAGGAGGUUCAACAGGCCGGUUUGGGGGUCUGUGAUAUUUCAUGAUGACGAUGAAAGCGUUGCUUAA